CUUCCGCUCUGGCGAGCGGCAGUAAACAUGGCGAGCGGCUAGCGGGAUCGUAGUGUGCAUUCAUUCCUGAAGGCUUUGAGUUACUCUUUCAGGGCUUUAGUUAAACGUUUUAUUUUGCCGUUGGUGCCCAGGGGGACGUGAGUGGGGCGUCACGCUCUACAGUGUUUAUUUAAAUAAAAGGGUGAAGGAGACGCAUCGGCAACAUGGGGCGACGUUCAACCUCCUCCACCAAGAGUGGGAAGUUUAUGAACCCCACCGACCAGGCUAGAAAGGAAGCCAGGAAGAGGGAGUUAAAAAAGAACAAGAAGCAGAGAAUGAUGGUGAGAGCAGCGGUGCUGAAGAUGAAAGACCCCAGACAGAUCAUCAGAGAUAUGGAGAAGCUGGAUGAGAUGGAAUUCAACCCUGUUCAACAACCCCUGCUGAAUGAGAAGGUGUUGAGGGACAAGAGGAAGAAGCUACGCGAGACAUUCGAACGCAUUGUCCGUCUGUACGAGAGAGAGAAUCCUGAAACCUACAAAGAGCUACGCAAACUGGAAUUAGACUAUGAGACCAAACGCGGGCAACUGGCUCUCUAUUUUGACUCAGUCAAGAAUGCGGAGUCAGUGGAGGUCGACAGUAUCCCUUUACCAGAUAUGCCCCAUGCCCCCUCCAAUAUCCACAUCCAGGACAUCCCACUUCCAGGGGCUCAGCCUCCCUCCAUACUGAAGAAGAGCUCCACGUUUGGUAAAGGGCCUCUCACGUCGUCCUCUGGACCAGUGUUUGCAACCGUGCCUGGUGUCCCACGUUUACCUCCUGGGAAGAAGCCCCCUGGCCCCCCACCUGGGCCGCCACCUCCACAGGUCCUUGCACUGUAUGGCAUUCCUUCUCGACGAGCUUACGGCACAGAUGCAGAACCUUCCAUUCCUGGUUUAGAUAAGGACUCUGCGAUGGAGUUGGGAAGAGAUCGGGAUAGUGGCAGUGACAGCGACAGAGAUCGGGAUGAUCUGGAUGAUGAAGACAGCGACUCUGAAGAGGACAGUGAAGAAGAGAGAAAUGAAGGGGGCGAUGGUGACCAGAGAAUGAGUGUGGACAGGCAGGAUGACGAGAGGGAAAGGGACGAGGAUAGAGACAGGAAUGAAAGGCAUGCUGGUCGCAGUGUACGUUUCGCAGAUAUUCCUCCAGAGUUACCCCGUGAAGGAAAGAAGAAGAAAAAGAGGCUGGUGAAGAAGACCAAAGCCAUUACCCCUCUGCAGGCCAUGAUGUUAAGGAUGGCAGGUCAGUCAGUGCCUGAAGACGAGGAAGAAGAAGAGGUAGAGGAAGAAUACACGGACGAAUCAGACAGCUCAGACAUUGAGGACAGGGGACCGCCAGGGGACAACCAGUCCCACCUCAUGCCAAAUCAGCGUCUACCCCCUCCUGCUGGUCCAGUGGGACAGCAAGGCCCUCCACACCUGCAGGGUCCACCAAUGACUGGGCCUCCACCACUGGGUCCACCCCCAGCCCCUCCAAUGAGGCCUCCUGGUCCACCCUCUGGCCCGCCUCCUGGCCCGCCACCAGGUGCUCCUCCGUUCUUGAGACCUCCUGGUAUGCCUGGAGGCAUGAGGGGUCCAAUGCCUCGUCUUCUGCCUCCUGGACCUCCACCAGGCCGACCUCCCGGCCCUCCACCGGGCCCCCCUCCUGGACUGCCUCCAGGUCCCCCACCACGUGGACCCCCUCCCAGACUACCACCCCCAGCACCACCAGGUAUCCCACCUCCUCCCCCAAGAGCAGGAGGGCCCCCACGUCCACUUGCCCCACCACUCUCCCUCUUCCCUCCACCUCUCAACUCCAAUGUGCUCAGUGCUCCUCCCAACAUUCUCCCCCGGCAAAAAGGCUCAGGAUCUGGCCCGGACGGUUCACAGGGCAACUUACCACCCCCUGCCAUGCCCAUGCGGCCGGGUGUCAUGCAGAUGCCCCCUCCCCCAGGGACAGCUGCCGCCUCUGCGGGUGGCAAUCCCCCCGGCCACCAUCACGCGGCCACCAUCGAAAAACGCGCCAACAUUACCCCCGUCGCGGCCGCAGGAGGCGGCAUGGCAGUGGGUGCAGGCUCUGGCGGGGCCACCAUCUCUGCCAAACCCCAGAUUAUCAAUCCGAAGACGGAGGUCACCCGCUUUGUGCCCACGGCACUGAGGGUGCGUAGGGACAAGGGCGGAGCAAUGCCCGGGGCAGCAGUUGGGCCCCUGGAGAAACCAGGUGCUGGAGGAAGGAGGGGAGAUGAUGGCUUUGGAGGUGGGCAUGGGCACGGGCACGGGCAUAAACAGCAUGCGACAGCCGCUCCGAUGGGCUCAGCCAACCCGGGCCAGAUGGGUGCCGUGCCUCAGCCCAACAUGAAGACUAAGGACCAGGUGUAUGAAGCCUUCAUGAGGGAGAUGGAGGGACUCCUCUAAGACUUGAGAGGGUGUUGGGUUGAAAUGUUCAAUGGGGCUCUCUGAAACCACAGGAGUGUAUUAGUUUUGUGUUUUCUGUGCAGAGUAAUAGAGGUAGCUGUCCUCGAGGUAAAUCAGUUUUGCUGGUCUCUGCAGGCUCACCUUCAUUUGAUCUGAACUAUCAUUUGUUGUAUCUAGAGAGAACGUGAUCUUGAUUUACAUACUGAUUAUUCUGAUCUGUAAUUGGAAAACAGAUUGGUCGUUAUUCCAUUAGGCAACCCAUGAAAAAAACGAAGCCCUGUGAAAAAAUGAAUAAAUACCAGGCUACCAAGUGCUAUGUUGUGUUAUUUUCCUCCAGUCAACUUUAUGUAAUUUGGCAUGACUAGAAACGGCAUUUUUGUAUGAUUAUCUUACUGUCAACUGUUGUUUUUUUAUGUGAUCUCCUAGACAUGUUGGACAUUAAAACGAAGGUGUGGAAUGAUUGUCAACUGCUGAUAGAAUACAUGUUUGAAACUGUUUGACCUUCAGCUCAAUAAAUACUUCAGAAACUUUUUA